AUGUACCGUCCUGUUCCCCUACUCGACCCAACCGUCACUGAGGCGCUCCGCCCGGUGAUGACCCGCGCCUUCUACGGCGACGACUGGGACUGUGUUCGACUUCUUAGCCUUCUCACGGAGCCGGACCACGAGCCCGUAAUUCUCGAGAAGCCGUGUGGCUGCUGCAAGGAGAGCGGCUCGAAGUGUAUCGCUUCCCUUCGUACUGAGGACCCGCAGUACCCGUUUCCCUACGUUCCUGGACGUUGCGUCUCGUGCGUGCUUUCCGGCAAGAAGUGCGACCUGCCAUUGCGGACCAAGCUCCCAGUGUGCACAUGCUCGUGGCUGCUGAAUCCUGCCGACCGUGCGCACGAGGAGCGCCAUGCGUUCCUUCACCGUCUCAGCGUCCAGCAAGCGUGCGUGCCCCGCAACCAGCAGUGGGGUAAAUCUCACCGGCUGACGCUUGCUGCCAAGAUGCGAUCGCACGAGCUGAAGUUCACUCAUAAAACGAAGGAGGCGCUCGAGCUCAGCACCGACCUCCUUGUCGGCAUGGCUGAGGUGCUUGGACGUCAGAGCCCGGACCUGUAUCGACCCGACGGUACGUGGGUCAUCCCGCCCAAGUCUGAGUGGCAACAGUGCAAAUGCUACCCUGGCAAGUGCCGCGGGCACGAGAAGGGCAAGGCCAUUAAGAAGGUCCGAAAGCUCGUCGACCGCGACACGCUCAUGUCGCCACCCCUGUCUCCGACUAUCAUGUCGCCCUCCGUUAUGUCGCCCCUGCUCAAGCCCGUCGACUGCAUGUGCGGCGGCGGGCUCCCGCUGCCCAUGGCGCUCCCCAUGUCCCCUUCUAUUUCCAACGCCAGCCUUACCUCCACCAUUCUCCAGACGCCUCCCGCCAAGAGCGUCAAGAUCCUGCCCCAGCCGACCGAGCCCAUCCCCAACGCCAACCUCCGGAACCCGACCCCGCCCCCCAAGAGCAUCCUGAAUGCGAUCGGAUCGCCUCCCAGCUUCCUCAACGGCCUGCCUCGCAUCCAGAACAUCUCCUCUAGCAGCUACGACGGCGACUCUUCCAACGGCUCCAAGUCCUUCUCCAAGUCUCCCAUUAACGUUGGCAGCCUUGCGAAGAAAGUGACCACGCCGCUUACAACCCCCAGAGCAACCCCCACUCACACCCCCACGGGCUCCAUCAGCAAGGGCUCCACGCCCGAGGCGCCCCGUCGCCGCGGCGACAAGAUCCGUCGCCUCUCCGCCAUGUUCAACAACGGUAGCCUUACCAACGACGUCAAGGCCAAGUGA